AGUUAAAACACCUACUCCACUCACCUCCCGCUCUUUUCCCCCAAACCCUCAACCUCAACAAUUUCAAAACUCUGAACAAUCUCGAAGCAUCAAGAUGUUGGAAGAAGAAAUCGAGAAGCUUCGAGGAGUUAUUAGAGAUUGCGUUAGCAAGCAUCUCUACUCCUCGGCGAUCUUCUUCGCCGAUAAGGUCGCCGCCUUCACUUCCGAUCCGGCCGAUAUCUACAUGCAAGCACAAGCCCUAUUUCUUGGUCGCCAUUACCGCCGUGCUUUCCACCUGCUAAACGCAUCUCAGAUUGUUCUACGUGAUCUUCGCUUCCGUUAUUUGGCAGCUAAAUGUCUUGAAGAACUAAAGGAGUGGGAUCAGUGUUUGCAAAUGCUUGGAGAAGCUAAUGAGGAUGAGCAUGGGAAUUUCAGGGAUGCUAAGGAUUCUGAUGUCAUGUACUUGGAUAAAGAUACCGAAGAUCGUGAAAUUAAUAUAUCAUCAGCAAUAUGUUUUCUUAGAGGCAAGGCAUAUGAAGCUCUGGAGAAUCGUUCUCAGGCGCGAAAAUGGUUCAUGGCUGCAAUCAGAGCUGAUCCUUUAUGCUAUGAGGCUCUGGAAUGUCUUAUUGAGAAUCACAUGUUAACAUGUGAAGAAGAGAAAAGUCUUCUUUCAUCUCUGCAGUUUGCUCCAGAAGAUGACUGGCUUUCUUCAUUCUAUUCAUGUUUAAUAAAAAAGUACGAAAAAUCAGUUGUUGUAGAAGAGAAGUUUAACAAGCUUGAGAAUGAAGAUAUUAGCACAAAACCAUCAAACGAGUCAACGAUUUGUACACUAAAAAACAACACAGAUCUUUUGGCUUGCAAGGCUGAAUACUAUCAUCAAUGCGGUGAAUAUCAGAAAUGCUUUGAAUUGACUUCACUAUUGCUCGAGAAGGAUCCAUUCCAUCUUAAAAGUACAAUAGUUCAUAUAGCAGCAGCCAUGGAACUUGGACAUUCAAAUGAGCUUUAUCUUAUGGCUUGCAACUUAGUCAAGGACUAUCCUCAAAAGGCGAUAUCAUGGUUUGCUGUUGGCUGCUACUACUAUUGUAUCAAGAAGUAUGAUCAGUCACGGCGUUAUUUCAGCAAGGCCACUAGCUUAGAUGGAACAUUUGCUCCUGGUUGGAUAGGGUUUGGGAAUGCUUAUGCAGCCAAAGAAGAAGGUGACCAAGCUAUGUCAGGUUAUCGUACUGCUGCACGUUUAUUUCCUGGGUGUCACUUACCUACUCUGUAUAUUGGGAUGGAGUACAUGCGGACUCACAGCUUCAAACUUGCUGAUCAGUUUUUCAUGCAGGCGAAGGCCAUAUGCCCUUCGGAUCCACUUGUAUACAAUGAACUUGGAGUUGUUGCUUAUAAUAUGAAAGAAUAUAGUAAAGCAGUAUGGUGGUUUGAAAAGACUUUGCUUCACAUACCGUCACCUUUAAGUGAGAUGUGGGAAUCAACAGUGGUUAAUCUUGCUCAUGCCUUAAGAAAAUUGAAGAGAUACAUCGAAGCUAUCAUAUAUUACGAAAAGGCCCUUGCACUAUCAACGAGAAGCUUAAGCACAUAUGCUGGUUUAGCAUACACAUAUCACCUGCAGGAUAAUUAUACGGAUGCAAUUACAUACUAUCACAAGGCACUAUGGAUUAAUCCGGAUGAUCAGUUCUGCACAGAAAUGUUGACAUUGGCCCUUGUGGAUGAAAGUAGACAGGGUAUUUAAUCUUAAAUUUAAAAUAGAGGAAUGUGUAUUAUUAUUGUAUUAAAAAAACAAUUGUAGUGUAUUUCAGAUCUGUUUUCACUGUUGUAAAAAUUAUCAUGCCAAUAAACUUUAUUUAAAAGUUCCUUUGUCCCCUA